AUGGAGGAAAAGCGCAUCCUGUGCGUUGGCCUGGUUUGCCUGGACAUAAUCAGCGUGGUGGACGUGUACCCGCCCGAGGACACGGACACCAGGUGCCUGUCUCAGCGCUGGCAGCGGGGUGGCAAUGCCUCAAACUCCUGCACUGUGCUGUCCCUGCUGGGGGCGCCCUGCGCCUUCAUGGGCUCGUUGGCACCCGGACACGCAGCAGACUUCGUCCUGGCCGACCUGCGGCGCUAUGCAGUGGAGCUCACCCACCUGGUCCCGCACCCCGAGAGCUCCUUCCCCACCUCCAUCGUCAUCAGCAGUGCGAGCAGGGGCACCCGCACCAUCCUGCACACAAACAGAAACCUGCCAGAUGUGACAGCACAGGAUUUUGAGCAGGUCGACCUCACCCAGUACAAGUGGAUCCAUUGGGAGGGCAGGAACGCUGCGGAGCAGGUGAAAAUGAUCCAGCGCGUGGAGGAGUAUAACCGGACCUGCCCAGCCCACCAGAGAGUCUCUACGUCAGUGGAGGUGGAGAAGCCCCGAAAGGAGCUGUACCAGCUCUUCGGCUACGGAGACGUGGUAUUUGUCAGCAAGGACGUGGCGAAGGACUUUGGUUUCCAUUCGGCUCCCGAGGCCGUGAAGGGGCUUCACACCCGUGUGAGACCAGGGGCCACUGUGAUCUGCGCCUGGGCUGAGGCAGGGGCUGAUGCGCUGGGGCCUGACGGGGAGCUCGUCCACUCAGACGCCUUCCCCCCAGAGACCAUCGUGGACACGCUGGGCGCUGGAGACACUUUCAAUGCCGCUGUUCUCUUGGCCCUGUCGAGAGGGCAGAGGCUGCAGGAGGCGCUGGCCUUUGGGUGCCAGGUGGCUGGCAGGAAGUGCGGGGUCCAUGGGUACGACGGCAUCGUGUGAACAGAGCGCCGCCCGCUGGAGGAGACGCCCCCUUUGCACCAGGAGGCUGCAGCUGGUGCUGACUUGCUGGGAUUU